AUGUUUGAAGAGCAGCUCGUAACUUUCGAGGGGUCUGCGAACCUUCUCAAUCUCGUCGGAGCUCCCAUUCUCGUUGACCCGGUCGACUUCGUUGGGAUUCAGCAUGCCGGUCAAGACUUGGCCAACGAUUUCGGUCGAGUGACACGGGAUAACGCGAAUCCGUUCCAGCUCGUGGAUGAGGCUGGACUGACCCCUCUGAAUACAAGCACGGCUAUCAUCAUUGGUUGUAUUGAGUCGAGUUGGAUGCUCAGAAAAUUUGAGAGAGAAGGAAAAGUCGACACCAGUGCGAUCAAAGGAAAAUGGGAAACAUUCAUGACUGCGGUCGUGGACAAUCCGAUUACGGGAUGCUCCAAGGCCUUGGUCAUCGCUGGAAGUGACAAGCGAGCUGCGAUCUUUGGCGCAUACACCUUGUCCCGCCAAAUUGGUGUAUCUCCAUGGUAUUGGUGGGCCGAUAUCCCAGCCCAAUUUCACCCAGAGAUCUAUGCCCUCCCUAACCGAACAAUUCACGGCGAGCCGAGCAUCCAAUAUCGAGGCAUAUUUAUCAAUGACGAAGCACCAGCGUUGACAGGAUGGGUGCUGGAGAAGUUCGGGUCCUACAACAGUGACUUCUACAAGAAGGUCUACGAGUUACUGCUUCGCUUGAAAGCCAACUUCAUGUGGCCAGCUAUGUGGCCUGGAUACCCGAAUCCUGGAGCUGUCUUCUUCAUGGAUGACCCAGAGAAUCAGCGCAUUGCGGACGAAUACGGGAUCUGUGUGUCGACGUCGCAUCACGAGCCGAUGCAGCGGGCUACAACUGAAUGGUUUGAGGAGGAGCCACGUGCAGACGGGACGUGGGACUGGAACAAGAGCCGGGAAGAGAUUAUCGAGUUCUUUCGUAAGGGCGUUCGACGAGCCGAGGGCCUUGAGUCCUAUUUCACGUUGGGUAUUCGGGGCGAAUAUGACAAGGGAAUGGUGACCGAUGAUCCCGGUGCUGUUAUCCGGGAUGUGCUCUUGCAACAGCGCGCUCUCUUCAAGGAGGUCUAUGGGCGGGAGGAUGCCGUUCCUCAAGUCCUUGCUCUUUACAAAGAAAUUCAAGAUCUGUACCAGGCAGGCGAGUUUACUGUGCCUGAUGAUGUGACUCUUCUUUUUGCGGACGAUAACUUCGGCUCUCUGCGGCGAUUGCCGUCCGGAGCUGAAUUGACUCGUCCAGGAGGCGCGGGUAUAUACUAUCAUUUUGAAUAUGUCGGGGCACCUCGGAGUUACAAAUGGAUUAACUCAAACUCGUUGGGUAAAACAUAUCACCAGCUCAGUGAAGCAUAUCGCCGGAAUGCGCGGAAGAUAUGGGUGUUCAAUGUCGGCGACAUCAAACCCAUUGAGGUUCCUCUUACCUUCGCCAUGGAAAUGGCAUGGAACAUCGACUCGGUCCAGGAAGACAGUAUUCCUCGAUUUCUGGCCGAUAUCUCCGACAAAAAUUUUGGCGCAAAUCUGAGUCCGGGGAUUGUUAAUAUCUGGCACGAAUACGAUCGUCUCAUCCGUCUCCGCAGACAUGAGCACAUCGACCCAGAAACGUUCUCACUCCUGAACUACAACGAAGCCGACAGCAUCAUCAAGCGGUGGAAGCAACUUUCAUUCGCCGCAGAGGCGAUCUACGAACAAGCCGAUGAGGAACAAAAACCAGCAAUCUGGGAACUCGUCGUUCACCCAGUAAAGGCCAGUUCUAUCUUCACCCAUCUCCGGGUAACCCAAGCCCGAAACCAGCUGUACGCCCGCCAAAGACGCAACACUGCGAACAAACUUCUCCGAGAAGUCCUUGAUCUAUUUGAUGCCGACUUCAAGCUCUCACAGGAAUUCCACUCACUUUUGGAUGGCAAAUGGAAUCACAUUAUGUGCCAGAGCCAUCUCGGUUACGGUGAUACUUGGCAUGCACCAUCGCGGGACGCAAUUUUCGGACUGGCAUAUGUUCAGCGGGGUCAGGAUAGUAACCCGAUUGUGGGUCAGAUGGGUAUCGCGGUCGAGGGCCAUGAGGGUAUUCGAGCAGGCCGUAUCAAUGAAGAAAGCGAACGUACUCAUCCUAGUCGUCGGGAUCUGGUGCCUGGUUUGACACUAGGACCAAUGAAUCGGUAUGGACCUGAGGGACGAUGGUUUGAUAUCUUCACUCGAGGAACACAGAAAAUUCGCUGGACAGCGUCGGCACCUUAUCCGUGGGUUCUUAUUUCGUUGGGAGAGGGAACUUUGUAUCCUGAUGGCGACGAUGCACGGAUCUGGAUCCAUAUCGAUUGGGAUCAGGUUGAGACAGACUUUGAAGAGGAGGUUCUGAUUACCGUUAAAUCGAUGGAGGGUGAUUUCGAAAACAUUCAUCUUCCUGUUCAUGGUCACAGGUUCCCCAGCUCUUUUCACGGCUUCGUGGAAGCAGAUGGAGGUGUCUCUAUUCCUGCUGUUAGCGGUCUCAAGGCAACAUACAUUCAUCAUUAUGAUUUGGGACGAGGAAGCGAAGGCUCAGUCACCAUUGACGCUGAUGCUCUAAGUAAUGCUAUUGAUGUCCCGUUCUUGGAGUACUCUAUAUGCACACUCUCUCAUUGUGAGCUGCCGACUGUUACUCUUUAUUUCAACAUGACACUGGACCUGGACCCGAACAACAAAAUGUCCUAUGAUUUUGAAAUCGAUGAUCAGCCUUCUACAUCUCAUAUCUUAGUCCAUGAAUCCACUGGCAAAGCUAAGCUCCCUGCAGAAGGCUGGCUAGAUGCUGUCAUGGAUUGUGUCUGGAAGAAGACUCAUCACAUUGGCUCUCUAGAUUCAGGUGCGCAUAAAAUCAGGGUACGGUUGAACCAUCCAAACUUGCUUCUGGAGAAGAUUGUUCUAGAUCUUGGCGGUGUCAAGGAAAGUUACCUAGGACCACCUUCGAGCUUUUGCGUUGCAUGA